GGGCGUGCAGGAGGCCAUCGGGGCGUGCACUGUUGCUGAGUUCCCGUGCAAAAAUAGGCAGUGUGUUCGCUUGGAUCGGUACUGUGACGGGACGCAGAAUUGUGACGAUGGAAGUGACGAACCCCAAGCUGUACCCCCUGCAACCGGACUUACUACGGCAGAAUCGGAUCCACUUACACACUCCAGGUUCACAAGCCGCAUGAAGCAAGCCUGCCACAUUUCUGCCAGCUGACCUUCAUGGCUUCCGGAGAGCUGUACAGUGACUUGGUACAGCUUAGUAUCGAGAAAUUCAGUGUUGGAAGGUUCCUGUCACACACGAAGGAGGGCUGCCCGGACGGCCACAUGCAGAUCGAGGAGCUGAGCCGCCCCCAGAACAGCGGGUUCUGGUGCGGCACGUCCUGGGGCCACAACGUGUACUACUCUGAGACCGCCGCCGUCACGCUCAUGCUGCGAGUGUUCAACCUAACCAAGGUGCCGCAGGACCGGGGUAACCCGGCGUCUUUCCAGCCCCAGGACACCAUCAUGCUGCGCCUCUCCUACCGCUUCCUUCGCAAGGAGCGCGCCGUGCUGCGCUACGGUCCGCCCUACAAGCCCAGCUACCGCGGCGAGGACCUGCCCAACUCCUUCUGCGACAAGUACUUCGAGAACUGCGACAAGCAGAACUGCAAGAUCCAGUCCCCGAACUUCCCCGGCAUGUACCCGCGCAACCUGACGUGCUACUACCGCGUGCGCCAGACGCGCGUGCCUGAGGGCAAGGUGGCGCUGGUGUCCGUGCUGCAGCGCAACCCGCACCUCAUCUACAUCAAGGACCGCAACGCGCCGCACCUGUCCCGUGAGCAGCGCCUGGAGGUGGGCGCCGCCUGCCACGAGAUCCACGACUACCUGGUGGCCUACGACGGCAACACGACGCGCACGCCCGUGUUGGCCAAGGUGUGCAAGGGCGGCACGCCGCUGUCGCGCAUCACGGCCAGCGGCCCCGACCUGCUGCUGCUGUUCCACGCCUCGCCCUACGACUUCCCCUUCCAGGACUCGCCGCGCCGUCACAUCUUUGGUUUCGAGCUGGACGUGGAGGUGGAGUUCGUGGACAAGGAGAGCACGGCGUACGUGCGGCGCGGCGGCCAGUGCGAGUACGAGGCCACGAGCAUGGGCCAGCGCAGCGGCUACGUGCAGGCGGCGGCGCACUCCCUGCUGGCCAACACCACGUGCACGUGGCGCCUGCGCGCAGGCGCUGCCGAGGUGGUGUGGCUGUACUUCCUACACUACCGCCACGUGCAGCACCCCGAGAUGCCGCGCCCCGCGCAUUGCCCCAACACCCUCACCAUCUACAACGGCCCCGGUCCCGUGCACGGCGCGCCCGUCAACGACUCCAUGUUGCUGGGCCAGUUCUGCAAGCCGGACAAGUUGCCGCGCGUGUGUGGCGGCGUGCACGCCCCCGGGCCAUACUCAGCACCGUGCGCACCCCAUGACAGCUACGUGUCCUCGCUGCCCGGCAUGACGCUGUCGCUGCGCUACGCCGCCGGCACUACACCCGCGCACGUGGAGUUCUUGGCGCGCUACGAGUUCGUGGACACCCGCCAGUGGGGCGACCCUGCCCCGGGGGGCGGCCCCUGCGACAGGGUGUUCACCGUGCGGCCUGACCGCCUGUUCGCCUCGCCGCGCGACGUAUUCCUCUUCGGGCGCGGCGGAUCGCGGCGCCUGCGGUGCGUGUACACCUUCGAGGUGGGGCCGCGGCAGCGCGUGUCGCUGCGCCUGCUGCGCGCCAAAAUGGGCCCCGAAUGCACCACACUGUACCAUAACGCCUCGCGGCGCCACGAGUGCUCGCACGGCGGCGCGGCGGGUCAACCGUCCAUCACGCUGGUGGAGGAACCCUGGCCCGGCGUGCCCCUGCAGCGGGCGUGCCUGUGCAACGUGUCCCACGGGCGGCCCUUCAGCCUGGUGUCCUACACGCGCCGCCUCACGCUCACCUUCGCCGUGCCGGACAUGACGCCCGCCGACGACUACAACCACUUCUUCUUCGAGGGCGAGUACUCGGUGGUGCCCGAGCCGCCCGAGGUGGCACGCCGCUGCAACCAGACGGCGCGCCUCCUACACGGUUCCUUCGGCAACUUUACAGUGGGUGCGGGGCGCGGCGACCUGUGCGCCGGCCUGCCGCGCCUCAUCCGCGCCGUGGACGCUUCCUUCCUGUUCAUGCGCGUGCGUGGCUUCGCGGCCGUGGGGGACAACUGCCGCGUGGCGUCGCGCAUCAAUGUGUUCGCGGCGGGCGGCGUGGCGCCCCUGGCCUCAGUGUGCCCGGAGCGCCGCGACGUGUUCACCAACAUCUUCAGCAGCGGCUGGGACCAGUUUGACUUCCACUUCCAGGACGAGGACCUGCUGUGGGGCAACAUGACGGGCCUCGCUGUCCCCGCCGAGCCCCCCACCGCUGCCACUACCGCCGCCACGUUGGGCGACGCUAACGACCACGGCCUGUCCUCCAUCCUCUCCUCCUCCACCACCACCACCACCACCACCACGACCACCAUCACGACUACCACCUCGACUACCACUACCACCACCACCACUACCAUGGUCCCCACUCUGCACGGCGUAGCCUCCUCCCUGGCGGCGCCCAACGAGGCGGUGCCGCGCUUGGAGUCCCGCGACCUGCUGGUGGAGUACGUGGGGAACUACUCCGGAAGCUUCCUGGUGACGUGGGUGUCGCUGUGGCGGCCGCUGCGCGCCGAGGCGCUGGUGUCCGCAGCGGCGGACCCCUGCCCGCACAGCUGCUACGACAUCGGCGCGUGUCUGCCGCAGGAGCUGUGGUGCGAUGGCAUCGUUCACUGCCCCACCGGCCAGGACGAGGGCAUGAAGGCGUGCGGCCUGCUGGCAGUGAUACCGUGGAUGUACGUGAUCGCCGCGGGUGUGAUGACGCUGUCGCUCGUGUUGCUGUUCGUGGCCGUGGUGGUACACGAGCAGCUGGUGUACAUGCGGAAGAUGGUGGCGGAUGCGGCGGCGCUGGCACUCAACAACGGCACCAGCCUGAAGGGCGGCACCGACCUGCUUGUGCCGCCCUCGGACACCUGGUGACAGCGCGCCCCCGCCGGCGGCGACGACUUGGUCUGCGUUGACUACGAGACCACGGUGUAGCCGCGGCGGGGCCCCACACUGCCACCACCACUACCACUACCACCACUGCUCUGUGUACGUGUGCGUGUGUGUACGUGUGUGUACGUGUGUGUACGUGUGUGUACCACCGUUUUGCUGUAC